UUAUAGUAUGCAUCUAUUAUCUUAUCUAAUACAAUAUUUAUAAUUUGAUGCAACUUGUAGUUUUUUUUUUUUUUUUUUUUUAAAAAAAAAAAGGAAAUUUUCGCAUUUGCUAACAGCGAAAAGACCCUGCUUCACAUUUACUACCGCUUUAAUUUUUUAUUUUAUAUUACUACCACCCAAAUCCCAAAAUUUUAGAUAUCACUACCAUUUGCCUAAUGCCGUUACUAUUCCCGUUAGUGGAGCCCAACCACCGUCCAACCACCUCGCCGCCACCGCUCCAUCUUCAACCACCCUCAUUGUCACCAUCCAACCUCCAUUUCCCAUCAACACCGGCGCCCAAAGAAGCCCACAGCAGCCGCGACCUCCACCAGCAGCCCACCUCCUUCCCAAACGCCACCAUCAUCUCUUCACCUUCACACAAUCACCAACAAUGCACCCAUCCUUCCACCACGCGAACAGCCGCAAUCACCUCGCCACCAAUUCCCCCAACCGGGAACGACUCCGGUCCACUUCCCCCUGAAUCGAUCCCCUCCCCUUCUCCCACCCAAAAACCGCUACCAAUAACCUAAACCCACUCUGCGAAACCACCCAAAACGGGUUUUAGGGUUUCGUUUUCACCCGUUUAGGGUGGUUUCGGGCAGCGUGGAGUUUGAGAAAUGGUGGAGGUGGUGGUUUCGGUGGGUGGUGGUCUGGGUUCGUGGGUUUCUGUGGGUGGUGGUCUGGGUUCGUGGGUUUCUGUGGGUUUGUGGGUGGUGGUGGUCUGGGUUUGGGGCUUAGGGUGGUGUCGUGGUGGUGAUAUGGGGCGUCGCCAGGUUUGGGGGUUACGGUGGUGUCGGUGGUGGUGGUCUAGGGGUUCGGCUGCGUCAGGGGAAUGUUUGGGCACCGGCAUAGGGAGGGUGUAAGGUGGAUGUUUGGUGGUUUCGGUGGUUGGGGAUUUUUUUUUUGUUUUUUAAGUUUUUUUUUUAAAUAAAUUAAAUUAAUAUUUAAUGAAAUAUUGGGCCCGAUUUAACUGAACUUUAACGGAUUCCGUUAAGUGGUAGUGAUUUCUAACAAACUCUGAUUUAGGUGGUAGUUAAAUAAAAUAAAAAACUAAAGCGGUAGUAAAUGUGAAGCAGGGUGCUUUCGCUGAUAGCAAAUGUGAAAAUUUCCAAAAAAAAAAUGAUGACAUCAUACAACAAAAUGGCGGGAAAAUUUUUAAUGUGGAAGUGACACAUAGAACAGGGAGGGGGUUUAUGAUAUCAACAAAGUUCUGUUUUAGUAAUAGUUAAAUAGAAGAUUAGAUUUGUACUGUCCUUGUGGUUCAUUCGAUAAAAAAAAAAACCAUUUCUAAAUUUUUUCUCAAUCGUCUCCAAUUGGUAAAUUAGUAAAGGUUCAUUGUAUUUGGUGCUUGAUUGUUCAUUUUAUAAUAACUCCCAAACCCUCAACUCCCCAACUCCCUCGCUUUUUUAUCACUUACCGCUCAAUGCCCGCUGCCACUGCUGUCGUACCACCGCUGCCGUUGCCAUUGCCGCUGCCUCUCCUCGGGUUUUCGCCGAUUUGCUUCAUCUCUAUCUCGCAAUCCACUUUUAUUCAGAGGGAUUGAUGUGACUGUGUAAGGCAAACAACAAAUGACUGCUCCAACAAGUGUGCUCUGUGGUCAGGGGUCAAGAGAACAGCACCAUUUUUCUUUGAAACUGCAGAGCCAGAAAACAUCUUGUUUAAAAUGCCACAGACGUGGUGAUUUGUUGGUUUGUAGUAAUUGGGACUGCCCAGUAGUUGUUCAUGAGAGUUGUAUGCCCUCUGUUGCUCGCUUUGAUGACUCAGGGGGCUUUUAUUGCCCAUAUUGUUUAUAUAAGCAAUCCCUUGUUGAAUGUCAUCAAGCCAAGGAAAAAGUGCUAUUGGCCAAUAAGGCUCUUAUCAAUUUUCUAGAUACAAGGACUAGGAUUGAUGCUGGGCCUACAGAACAUUUUAGAAGUUUGAAGAGGAAAAAACCAGAUGCACCAUCGGUUUUUAAGAAAAAGGAUGGUGCUACGGUACAAUGUAAAGAAGUUCAUCAGCCUAUGCAGUUAAAAGGUGGUCAUCAAGAUAAUUGUCCGUUUCUUGAGACACUUUCUGGUAAUCAACAGGAAUCAAGGCCAACAAGAUAUAACUGUAUGAGAAGGGGGUCCCCUGCCAAAAAUGAUGAAAAAUCAGACAGCAAAAGUAAUGAUAUUGGAGACUGUGGAAUUGCAGACAAAUCACAAGUAAAACCAUCAAAAAGUUCUGUCCUUCCUACAAGGGAGGAUGUUAUGUUAGUGACACCAAAUUCAACCAAUAAGCAUGGAGAAACUGCAAAGACAGUGUCAGGGAGUUUUAAAAAAGGGGUAGAAAGGGAGCAGAGGCAGACAGAUCCUCAAGAAACUCCUCGGUGCUUGACUAAUAAUAACACAUUGGAGGUAAAUGAAGAACCUUGCAAGGGAAACGAUUCUGCAUUGCAAGAUGGCUGUUAUGUAAAAACUCAAGUUUUAGACACUUUUGAUCGAUCUGAUGAAACUAGAGAAGUUUUUAGCAGGACACAUGAAGAGUGUAGAAACACAACUGGUGUGUAUCCUAUGAGGAAGGAGAGAAAUUCAUUUCCGCAGAGGGGAUUUGGUGAAUCAACCAUAAAGUAUCUAGAAAUUGAACAGACUGUGGAAAGAUAUCAUGAUAGAGUGGUGGAAAGGAUCCAGACACAGGAAGAGACUAAAGAAACUUCUGUUUGCUGUAUGAGGGACAACGAUGCUAUUAUGAUAAAUGGAAAACCUGAUGGGAUGUGUGACAAUGCAUAUAAAGAUGACGACCCUGUUCUAAGACAAAGGAUGGUAAAUACAGGGAAUGACAGUCAAGAUGUUGGAGUAGGGAAAAAUCUGUGUCAAAGGACUGAUGAAGAGCAAACAAUCCUGAAAUCACCCAAACCUGCCUGUUAUACAAAGAAGGAUAAUGACACAGUGAUACAUGAAAAGUCAGGAAAUUCAAAUAAAAAUAUUGAAGAAACUUCAAAGCCAGUGGAACAAUAUAACAAUGGACGAGUAGAAAAGGUGCAGACACAUGAAGAGUCUCAAAAAGAUUGUUAUGGAAGUGCAGGGGAAAUAAAAGCUCUGCAAGAUGCUACAAGGGAAAACAAUGCAGCAGUGACACAUGAAUUAGGAAUUUUGGCAAGCAGGCGUACGGAAACUAAAGACUCAUUGGAGAAGAAUCAUGACAUAGUGGUUGAGAUGGAGCAGACACAGACAAAACGUCGAAGCAACAGGAAUAAUGACAAAAAAGAGAUGGCUGUAGAAUCUGAUGUCCAAAAUUGUAGUUCAUCCCACUGUGGAAUGACCAAUGACGGGAAUUCAAGAGUAAAUUCAAAAAAUAAGUCUCCCCAAAUUACAAGAAAUGGAAGUUUAUCUGUGUCAGCUGAAGAAUUUGGCUCUGCAGAUGAGUCAUCUAAUAAUGUUUACCUCGAGCGAGGAAGUUAUACUGUGCCGAAAAGGAAAAUGCAAAAGAACUUGAAAAAUGAUAUACAGCAUGGAAAAUUGUCUGGAAUUUCUAAAAAUGAAGGUGAAUCAAGACACAAAGUGGAAUCCAUAAAACAAAUCCAGCGGUCAACUAUUUUGCCUGCUGCGAGACGUAGGAAGUUACCAUGGACAACAGAAGAAGUAGAAAUGUUGAAGGAAGGUGUGCAGAAAUUUUCAUUGGCAACUAAUAAGAAUAUCUCAUGGGUAAAAAUUUUGGAAUUUGGACGACAUAUCUUUGAUGGGACGCGUGUUCCAAGUGAUCUUAAAGACAAGUGGAAGAAGAUAAAGGGUGAAGGAUAUGCAAAUACUGAUGCAAAAUGAAAUCAUAGUAGCACAAAUACUUACUAUACGGGUCAGACGUUUUGAUUCUACGUUGUCACUACUUAAUGCUAACUAUUUGGUUGUAGAAAUUUAGGUUGUCAAGAAAAGAGGUUGGUCUUUUGCCUUUUCAUCUGAGUAAGAUGGAAUAGGAUCUGUAUAUGCUCUCCAGAAUACACAAGUCUGUAAAAUUUUGAAUUUUUGCUAAUUGCUCUUCAAUGCUCAGGUGUUACAACAUGUCUAUUCUA